CCUCUAUUCAGCAAUCUCCAAGAAACCAAUCUAAACAGAAAGCUAGCUUAUAUUUCACCUUUAUAUACUUGAAAUGGAGCAGCAACAAGCCAAGACUUCUGCAGGGAACCACUCUCAGUCCGCAGCUAGUGGUUCAACUUCAUCACCUGAAAAUAAGUCUUCUCAGAUGGAAACAAUUCAAUCUCCAAAUCCAAUUCCCAGCUCCACGGGAGAUGCUGGUCCUUCUGACCCCAAGCAACUGAGGAGAAUUCUAGCAAAUCGGGAGGCGGCCCGACGAGCUCACUCUAGGAAGAAAGAGUACGAGAGAAAGCUCGAAAGAGAGGCCAAGGAGGCAGAAGAGAGGGUAGCAAUGCUGGCUUCAAAAGUGGCUUUCCAACGAAUGCAUCUCACGAUACUAUCAGGGAAGAACAGCCAGAUGAGGGAGACGCUGCAAGUUCUUGAGAAUCACCAGGCUCACAAAGAAGCUGAGACUGAGGCACUGGUGAAGGAGAGAGAAACGCUUCUUCUCCUUCGGAGUUUGCAGCUGCAACAACAACAAGGCGGCAGCAGCCGCAGCAGCAAUAAUCCAAACAACGUGGAUAAAUGAAAAUUCAAAUAUGUACUUUUCUUUUGCAUCCAAUCCAAUGUAUGAAAUGAAUUUCUCGGACCACAGGGUUUUUAUAU